UGUAGGCCGGCGGAGGUCACGAGUCAUGUGACGACGGCUUUCUGAGCAGCCUGUCUUUGAAGCUGUCCCCGAAGUGACAGCUGAGAGGCCCGGGCAGCCUAGAAACCCGGGUCGCUGGAGCCACCUAGCCCGGUGUCCAGGCCUGGGCCGCAGGAGCGCGGGCAGUGAGGCGGAGGCGAGCGGACGACCCUUCGCCCCUCCUUUGGGCCCAGACCCUGCGGGCAGAGGGGCAGUGGCUGAGGCGUGGAGCUUGAUCCUGCGGGAGAGAGGGGCUCGUCAUGGCGGAUGAUCUAAAGCGAUUCCUGUAUAAAAAAUUACCAAGUGUUGAAGGGCUUCAUGCUAUUGUUGUGUCAGAUAGAGAUGGAGUGCCUGUCAUUAAAGUGGCCAAUGAUAAUGCUCCCGAGCAUGCUUUGAGACCUGGUUUCUUAUCUACUUUUGCCCUUGCAACAGACCAAGGGAGCAAACUUGGACUUUCAAAAAAUAAAAGUAUCAUCUGUUACUAUAACACCUACCAGGUGGUUCAAUUCAAUCGUUUACCUUUGGUGGUGAGUUUCAUAGCCAGCAGCAAUGCCAAUACAGGACUAAUUGUCAGCCUAGAAAAGGAACUUGCUCCAUUAUUUGAAGAAUUGAGACAAGUUGUGGAAGUUUCUUAAUCUGCCAGCAGUUUCGAUGUAUACCCUGUCUUCAUUAUAACAGACACAAUAGCAAUCCAGCCAUCUGUAGACCACAACAGUGCUUUUAUCCGUGUACUCAAGAAAGGGUCCCCUUUUCCACCUUACACUAAAGAAGGAACCUAUAGAUAUAAUGUCUGGACAGAUUAUCUUUUCUUGUGUAGGGCCUUUUCUUAUUUAGUGAGAUCUGGGGAUACCACAGAAAUGGUUCAGUCUCUCACAGCUCCCAUGGAGCUAGUCCAGUCACCAAAUACAGAGGAGAUUCUGUCCGUGCGUCAGAAUCAAAAUGUUACCUUGAUCCACUUGAACCACUAAGUGCUCCCUCUUGUACAAUACACCCAGGCCUGCAGAAUGUGGCAAACCCUUUUUAUUGUGAAUAAUAAUGAGGACAUAUUUUUCUUCAUAUUGUUUUAUUUCUUUGCUUUGAGUAUAAGGAAGAUAAAAUGGCUUAGUAAAAGUAAUAAAAUCAGUACAAUCACUAACUUUCCUAUGUAUAUAUUAUUUUGCAGUAUAGAUGAAUAUUACUAAUUGAUUCUUCUCAGAGGGUGCUGCUCUUUAAUGAACAUGAAAAUGAUAGCUAAUGGUUUUUUACCCCAGUCUGCUUUCUGUAACCAAUCAGUGUUUUAAUGUUUAUGUGUUCUUUAUAAAAUUUAGAUGUGAUUCAUUAUGAAA